AUGGCGGAUGUUUACGAUAUCAACACUGUCAUUGGGGACGAGGAUGCGGAUGAGAGAGCGUCUACAGUUCCCACGACGCCUGAGGGCAGUUGCACUUUCAGUCCUGUUGUCAGAGCGGCGAGCCGGCUGGUCAUUGACGGCGACGAAGCUGGCGAGGAUGUGUUUCCUCAACUGGACACGAAGGCCGAGGAGGUCAGCUUAACUGGCAAUAUUGGCAGCAGUCCGGUUCGCAACAUCUGUUGUGUAGGUGCUGGCUACGUGGGAGGGCCCACGGCGGCGGUCAUCGCGUUCAAGAAUCCUCACAUCCGCGUUACGAUUGUGGAUAGAGAUGAGCGCCGGAUUAGGAGGUGGAACUCGAAGCAUUCUCCCAUCUAUGAGCCUGGGCUACGAGAUAUCGUAAGAGUCGCGAGGGACGGCACCAAGGAAUAUUCAACGCCAGUCUCUAGUGAUUCCGUCAAAAUGGACCGCCACCAGACUUUCUCGCCAUCCUCAUCAGUCACAUCUGAGUGCGGAAGCCAAUGUGGUGAAAACAGCAUCAGCAGUAUCUCGAUCCCUCAUAGGCAGCCGAAUCUCUUCUUCUCGACAGACGUCCCAAGAUGCAUCUCAGAAGCGGACGUGGUUCUCAUCGCAGUAAACACCCCUACAAAGACGCGGGGUCACGGCGCCGGCAGCGCGACAGACAUGGCGGCCUUUGAGGCCGUCACCGCCGAGGUCGCCAGACACGCGAGACCAGGGGCAAUAAUCGUAGAAAAGUCCACCGUACCAUGCCGGACUGCAGAGCUUGUGCGAGAAACAGUGAGUCCACAUCACCGACGAGCGAGCUCACGAAGUACGUCAACAGGGUGGCUAACACAGCAUCUCCAACAGCUCGCCGCCCAUCGACCAGGCGUCCACUUUGAAAUCCUCUCCAACCCAGAGUUCCUCGCCGCCGGCACAGCAGUAAACGACCUCCUGCACCCAGACCGCGUCCUCAUCGGCGCAGACACGACGCCCUCUGGUCAUCGCGCAGCCGAGGCGCUGGCGAGUGUAUACGCCGCCUGGGUCCCACGCGCACGCAUCCUCACGACGAAUGUCUGGUCCUCUGAGCUCGCGAAGCUAGUCGCCAACGCGAUGCUCGCGCAGCGGAUAAGCAGUAUAAACUCCAUCAGCGCAAUCUGCGAGCGGACGGGCGCGGAUGUGGGUGAAGUUGCUGCCUCCGUCGGCCGGGACCCGCGUAUCGGGGAUAGAUUCCUGAAAGCGGGUAUCGGAUUCGGGGGUAGUUGUUUCAAGAAGGAUAUCUUGAGUUUGGUGUACCUUGCCGAGUCGCUUGAUCUCGACGAGGUUGGAGAGUAUUGGCGGCAGGUUGUCAAGAUGAACGAGUACGCCCGUGAGAGGUUCACGAGGCGCGUGGUCAAGUGUCUCAAUAAUACCCUGGCCGGGAAGAAGAUUACGGUCCUUGGGUAUGCUUUCAAAAAGGAUACGUCAGAUACGAGGGAGUCGCCUGCGCUGGAGAUUAUUCGGGCGCUGUUGGAGGAGGGACCACGGGAGAUUGCGGUGUUUGAUCCGUGCUGUAAUCCCCUCGUGAUUCAAGCGGAGAUCCAGCAGCUCUGUGGCCUACAGACGACAAUGUCGAAGGACGACGGAGGUGGCGCUGGACCCUUGAUUGUGUACGGGAACGCGUACGACGCUUGUCGUGGUAGUAAUGCGGUUCUCAUCACCACCGAGUUUGACGAGUUUCGGAACACGGGCGAGCUCGGUGUCAGGGAUACGCCGGGUUCUGCGCAUUCUGAUCCUUCCUCUCCCCGCGGAAGCACGACAUUGCGGGCGGCGGAGGCGGUGGGUCGAGGGCUUCGGCAGCCGGAUGUGAGACCUGCGCUGGGGGAGGGGGAGAUGGGCGCGGCGACUUUGGAUGAUCCGCUUGGGCGAUACGUUGCUGAGCCUGCUUGUGCGGGAGAUUGCCCGGAUUGUCGGGUGGAGGAGAAGUCGGAAUGCAGGGUUUCGGGAUCGGAAGAAGGGAAGACGGCCAAGGAGAGGGUUGACUGGGAGAGGGUGGCGGGCGAUAUGCAGGUUCCGAGGUGGGUGUUUGAUGGGAGGGGGGUGAUUGAUGCUGAUGAGAUGGCCAAGCUGGGGGUUCGAGUUGAGAGUGUUGGGAGACGGGGGAGGAAUUGA